UUUGUUUCAUUGAGAUGUACAACACCACUGUUCAGAUGGAGGCUUUGACACAGAUAUGGACUGGCAGUGCCAGCAACAAAAAUUCCUCUCUGCAGCUAUAUAACAUCACCGACUGCCCAAAGAAUGACAACUUCAAAUAUCCACUCUACAGCAUAGUGUUUUGCAUUAUCUUCAUGGUGGGACUCAUCACCAAUGUUGCAGCCAUGUACAUUUUUACUUGUUCACUGAAACUACGGAAUGAGACCACCACGUAUAUGAUGAAUCUUGUGGUUUCUGAUUUAUUAUUUGUGCUCACACUCCCUUUGAGGGUCUUUUACUUCAUCCAGCAGAACUGGCCAUUUGGCAGCCUGCUCUGCCAGCUCUCUGUCUCACUCUUUUACACCAACAUGUAUGGGAGCAUCCUGUUCCUAACAUGCAUCAGCGUGGACCGUUUCCUCGCCAUCGUUCACCCCUUCCGUUCAAGGGGGCUCCGGACCAAACGCAAUGCUAAAAUUGUGUGUGCUGCUGUUUGGGUUCUAGUGCUGUCUGGAAGUCUUCCGACAGGCUUCAUGCUGAACAGUACUAACAAGCAAAAAAACAACACAAUAGCCUGCUUUGAGAACUUCUCCUCAAAUCAGUGGAAGAGCCAUCUCUCAAAGGUAGUCAUCUUCAUAGAGACAGUGGGAUUCCUUAUCCCCUUGAUACUGAACGGUGUUUGCUCCGCUAUGGUACUCCAAACUUUGAGGAGGCCACAGACUGUUAGUCGGGGAGGGAAGCUGAACAAGAAAAAGAUCUUGAGGAUGAUCAUUGUCCACCUCUCCAUCUUCUGCUUUUGUUUCAUCCCCUACAACGUCAACCUCAUCUUCUAUUCACUUGUGCGGACAAAAACUUUGGAGGGCUGUGCAGUAGAAUCAGUGGUUCGGACAACCUAUCCGAUUGCUCUGUGUAUUGCUGUGUCCAACUGCUGUUUCGACCCCAUAGUCUACUAUUACACGUCAGAGACGAUACAAAACUCCAUUAAGAGGAAGUCUCAGAUGAACCGUUCCUUGAUGUCAAGUUCUCUGAGGCUUUGCAGUCAGAGACAAACUCAUCUCUUCAGUUCAGCCUUAGGUCCAUAAAGAACAACAUGUUUCACAAUGAGUCUAAUGUUUAAGGACAAGUACUGGUCAAAUGGGUGUAAAGAAACUGAAUAUACAAAAAAGCACUCUGCAGUGGAUGAAAUGAGGCAUAAAACAUGAAUUUUCCCUAAAUUGUUUUGUUAACAUCUCUCAGUACAGUAAUUACACAACACACUUUUAGAGGGAUUU